UGGGUCCCACAAUGAUAAGAGGGAUUUUGCCCUCUACAUAAAGCAGAUCUUACCAUUGGGAGUUGGGCACUCACAGUUGGAAAAACCAGGAAGAUGGAGAAGGGUCUGUUGUGCUUUGGUCUGGCAGUUCUGCUGCAGCUGCAGCUUGGUUCUGCCUACAAACUAGUAUGCUAUUUCACCAACUGGUCUCAGUAUAGGCCAGAGCCAGCCAAAUACUUCCCAAACAACAUUGAUCCAAAUCUCUGUACUCAUUUGAUAUAUGCCUUUGCCACUAUGAAUCAACAUAAGAUUGCCCCUUAUGAAUGGAAUGAUGAGGACAGGCUCUUCCCUGAAUUUCAAGCACUUAAGAACAGCAACCCCAAUCUUGUCACACUGCUAGCUAUUGGAGGCUGGAAUUUUGGCACACAAAAGUUCACUGAAAUGGUUGCCUCAGCUGCCAAUCGUAAAAUCUUCAUUGAUUCAGUGAUUGAAUAUCUUUGUAAGUUUGGGUUUGAUGGGAUUGACCUGGACUUUGAAUACCCAGGAUCAAGGGGAAGCCCUCCAGAAGACAAGCAACGCUUCACAAUCCUGAUUCAGGAAAUGCUGGCUGCCUUUGAGAACGGUAAAUGUAAUGGGAAAAGGCUUUUGAUCACAGCAGCAGUUUCUGCUGGCAAAGGGACCAUUGAUGCAGGAUAUGAAAUUGCUGCAAUAGGAAAACUUUUAGAUUUCAUCAGUGUAAUGACAUAUGACUUCCAUGGAGGUUGGGAUACCUGCACAGGACACAACAGCCCAUUGUAUGUGGGAUCCAAAGACCAGGGUGAUUUAAGGUAUUUCAACUGUGAUUAUGCCAUGCAAUACUGGAAGGACAAUGGUGUCCCAGCUAAAAAGCUGCUUAUGGGAUUCCCCACCUAUGGGCGCACUUUCAGGCUUACUACAUCAGAUACAGGUGUUUGUGCACCUGUCUCUGGGGCUGGCUCUGCUGGACCUUACACCCGCGAGGCAGGCUUCUGGGCCUACUAUGAGAUUUGCACAUUUUUAAAAACUGCCACAAAAGAAUGGAUUGAUGACCAGAAAGUUCCAUAUACCUACAAGGAUAAUGAAUGGAUUGGAUAUGAUGACAUUUGCAGCUACAAAUACAAAGUCAAAUACCUGAAAGAGAACAAUUUUGGAGGUGCCAUGGUUUGGGCAAUUGAUUUGGAUGAUUUUCUGGGCACAUUCUGUAAUGAAGGAAAAUAUCCUUUAAUAACUGAGCUGAAGAGACUUCUUGAAUCAAAUGAGCCUAUUGUGCCAGACUGCCCUGGUGGUGUAACUCCGACCCCUUCCACAACAACUACUACAACUAACGGAAAUCCAGAUCCUACUCCUACUCCUGCAACAACAACAACUGUGGGGCCCCCAGUGCCUGGUAACUUUUGUGGCAACAAACCUGAUGGUAUACAUGCGGACCCAGAAGACAAGACCAAAUUCUACGUAUGCGCUAACCAUGAAAGUUACAGUUUCAGCUGCGCAGCUGGAUUGGUGUUCGAUGACAGCUGCAAGUGCUGUAACUACCCUUAAAUAUUAACAGGUGGUUUCCAUCAAGGAGAGAUGAUUGCGUGACAAGGCUCCCAGAAAUCCCAAAAUAACUCACAACUGACACAAUAUUUUAGGUUUGGGUUUUUGGCAUUAUUUUGGCCACAACUUUAUUCAAAAUACAUUUUAAUUCUGAGCGUUGGCUUAGGUUUUGGUUAAUCCAUCUGUCCGCUCUAAGGGACAGGACCAUUUCCAUCUGACCCACGUUGGGUCAGGACCAUUCCAUCUGCCCAGGUUGGGCAGGACCAAUUCCAUCUGACCCAUUUGGGUCAGGACCAGCUCCGACUUACCUAAUGGUAGGUAAGUCAAGUAAACAUCCCAAGGGAUUGGAGGUACUGUUCACAGGCACUCUCCUCCCCCAAGGAAUGUUCCCCAAGGCUCGGCUCUGUAAUGGCCGCACCAUCCUUGCCUAUGGCAGGAUGAAUGGACUAGAGUCCCUGAGCCCCAGGAUUCCUUUAAUGGAAUACUUCUAUAAGGAGCAAGUAAGGGGGGUAGGCAUUUUUAUGCCAUGCCCUUCCUAUACCAAUUUUUAACCAAAGCCUAACGGCCAACCUAACAAGUUGUGACAAGUUGCUUGUCAGUAGGCAAAAACCAAAUGGCAACAGCCAAUCAGCCAAGUGGCAAAAUUCCUACUGGGCCCCUGAAUACAGGCGACCCCCGCGAACGGGCAAGCAGCGGGCGGGAGAUUCGAAGGCUUGCCGAGAGUGAGGGAAAACGAAAGUAACCUGGGCGUUAAGUAAAAGGCUGCUGUCAAUCAAAAUCAAUGGCACGCCCCAUGACUCAGCCUAACUACAGCCCACCCCCUCCCAGAUUUCUUUUGAGCUCGUCCGCAACCCCCACUACACUUUAU